UCUCCCCACUCUAAGGAGGAGGAGCAGCAGCAGCAGCCUGGGACCCAGACUAACAUAUAUAUAUAUCUAUAUAUAUAUCUCUCUGUGUCUCUGUAUAUCUAUCUAUAUAUAUGUUUGUGUUUGGCGUGAUGGUGUAAGGAAGGAAGCGAAGAUGGCCGGAGGAGGCGGCGGCGGCGGCGGCGGCGGCAAUGGGGGAGGCCUCGGCCGGAGUGUCGGGGGCUCCAGGCAGAGCAACUUUCUGGAGGCUUUGGAUAGAUCAAAUGCGAAGAGAGAUGGAGGUUUUAAAAAUAACUGGAGCUUUCACCAUUCAGAAGAAAGUGAAGGAGAUACAGAGAAAGAUGAAGCCAGUUUGCUGAGUGUAGAUGAGAGUGAUGGAACCUACAGUCCUGAUGGUGCAAAAAAAUCACUGCAUUAUCAUUCAAUUUUUGGUGCCAGAGCUGAUUCUUUAAGAACAUACGCUAGACGAAGCAAAACCGAGACUUCUAGAAUGUUAAAAGGAAACCCAGUCGGACUCAAUAUGUUGACAAACAGCAAAAGAAUAAGUGAAAAUAUUCAGAAUAUGUCUUGCUCCGGAACAGUAGGACAGACUAGACGUUGUCCUCAUGCCCAUGCACAAACACCUGUAGUAAAAACAGCAGCACAGAGCAAUCUGGAUCGAAAGGAAAGAAAAGAAUAUCCCCCUAACAUUCUGAAGAUAGACAGCGAAUGCAUUAGAUUGUCUCAGUCUCCAGAGAUGAAAAGUGUGACAGAAAAUAGGGAAGAGUCUGGAUCAGAGUCAGAUUCAGGAAUUACAAGGAAGGUACAACUGAAACGUCACUGCACUUUAUAUCCAUCUGGUUUGCUUCCAACUCCUGCUACAAAGAAAUGUGCAACCCACCUAGAGGGUUUGGAACAGAAAAGUUACUCCACAGUUUGCUUAUGUUCCGGGAAAACAAAUGAAAGCCAGACCAAAUGCAAUAUUUGUGACAAGUGUUGUAUUGAAGGCUUGCACAGACAGUCAGUUCAAAGCAUAACAUUAAGUGAUACAUUUCGAUCUUUAGCACGAGAGUCAAUACAUGAAAAUUCAGCAGGGCAGAAAUCCUUAAGUACAGGACUAAAUGCAAAAAAGUUUUAUGGAUCUUCUCCUGAGGCGGUUUCUGUUGAUUUCAUGGUGAGGCGCAAUGUAGGACCUACUAUGCUACGGCCAAAUGGAAAAAUUUGUUCCAAUAUUACAGGAAAUGUAAGACAGAGGAAUACAACAGCACCUGAACUAAAUGAUCCAAUUGUUUUGUCCAGUGAUGAUGAUGAAGAGAAUGAGAUUGGCAGAAAUAACCAAAUGGAGAGCAUAUCACCACGUCCAGCUGAUUCAGCCUGUUCAUCUCCUGCACCUUCCUCGGGAAAGGUGGAAGCAGCUUUGAAGGAGAAUACCUGUGAGCUGCAACAAAGGUUAACCAGCGUUACGGCAGAAACAGAAUCUGCAGUCAUAUUACCAAGAAAAGCAAGAAUGAAAGACCAGUUUGGCAAUGUUGUACCCAGUGCUCCAGUAAAACGUCGUAAAGUUAUUCCCCAAGAAAUUGCAACAGAGGUACCCUUAAAAUAUCAAAACACUUUUGAAAGUGUUAUCCUAAAUUGUCGAAGCAUAAGAAUAGGAACUCUGCGAAGAAUGGUCGUGGAGCCUGUAAUUUUUUGCCUAGACUAUAUCAAGAUCAAUUUGGAAGAAUCCGAAAAUGAUACUAGGGAGAUUCAAUUAAAAACCUCUGAACUUACAAAAUGCGAAUGGUGUGGUGUACGCAAGUUACCAGUAGUUUUCCUGCAAACUAUACCUGCAGCCUGCCAAACCCUGAGAUCCCAUCUUAAGAUGAACAAAGAGAAAGAUAAUGUCUGGUAUGAUUGUAAAGGAGCAAAUCCAGAAGAACAAUACAUCAUUUUAAUAUUUGAGACAGGCCUGGAUCAUCAUGCAAAUUCAAUAUUUGAAAAAAUAAUCUCUGAUAUUGGGAUCAGGAACAAUAUUACUAAUUUUUUUGUAAAAAUUACUUUUGAAGAAGCAAACAGUAGGCUUGUGGCCUUCACAAAAUCCUUUGAAGACACUUCCAGAGGAGGCAUCAGUCAAAAAGAAGGCAAAACAAAACAUUUGCGAAAUACAUUGCAGUUCCAGUUUUUUGAUGAUGAUGAAAGCGGGGAGCCCCAAACAGUCUUCAUUGGUCCCAUAGAAAAGUUGAUCGUUUAUCCUCCUCCUCCGGCAAAGGGUGGUAUUUCUGUGACUAAUGAAGAUCUCCAUUGUUUAAAUGAAGGGGAAUUUUUAAACGAUGUAAUCAUUGAUUUUUAUUUAAAGUAUCUAGUUCUUGAAAAAUUGAAACAAGAAGAUGCUGAUAGGAUUCAUGUAUUCAGUUCUUUUUUCUAUAAACGCCUUAAUCAAAGAGAGAGGAGAAACCCUCAAGAAACUUCAACCCUUACAAUCCAGCAGAAACGGCACGGUCGAGUGAAAACAUGGACCCGACAUGUUGAUAUCUUUGAAAAAGAUUUUAUUUUUGUCCCCCUUAAUGAAGCGGCACAUUGGUUUUUGGCUGUCAUCUGUUUUCCAGGUUUACAGAAACCAAUAUAUGAGGCCAAUCCAUGCUACCAGGAAAAUGCAUCUGCACAGGUUAAAUCUUCCUCCUUAGAUCAAGAUGGAAGCAUUUCAUCUCCUUUACCUAGUGAUUCAGAUCUGUUACACCAGUCCUCACCUGCAGCAGUAACAAAGAAAGUGCUGAGCAAGAAGCAUAUCGCAGUUUUAACUGACCCAAGUACAGAAGCUGAGGAAAGUGAGUCACUGUAUUGCAAAAGAAAUUCUUCUUUGAAAGGUGGUUUUAAAAAACUAAAUCAGUUACACAACACAACAGAAGAAUCGAGAACUAUGGAACCUGUAUGUCAUAAACAGGACUAUAGGACUUCAGAGAAAAAUGGCGUACAGUGUGAACAUAAAACUCAUGUCCAUGCUACUGAUGGUCUACAGAAAAUCAAGCUAAACUAUAGUGAAGACUCAGCUGACAGCAGUAAAAUAAAUGAAGAUGAGCUCAUAGAUUUUUCUGAAGAUCAAGAUAACCAGGACAAUAGCAGUGGUGAUGAUGACGACGACGACUUUGCAGAUGAUAAUUGUAAUUCAGAAUUAGGACAGUGGCAUCUGAAGCCCACUAUAUGUAAACAACCUUGUAUUCUUCUCAUGGAUUCACUGAGAGGCCCAUCCCGAUCAAAUGUCGUCAGAACAUUAAGAGAAUACUUGCAAGUGGAGUGGGAAGUAAGGAAAGGUAGCAAAAGAAGUUUUUCCAAAGAAGUCAUGAAAGGCUCAAACCCUAAAGUGCCCCAGCAGAACAACUUCAGUGAUUGCGGAGUUUAUGUGCUACAGUAUGUGGAAAGCUUUUUUGAGACACCCAUUAUAAAUUUUGAAUUACCAAUGAAUUUAACAAACUGGUUUCCCCGCCCAAGAAUGAAAACAAAAAGAGAAGAAAUAAGGAACAUAAUCCUGAAACUACAGGAACAGCAGAACAGAGAGAAAAAGGGACAGAAGGACAUUAAUUUGACAGAAAAAUCUGUUGAGGAAGGAACAGAACAAUUUAUCAGCAGCUGUUCAGACUGAUAUUUUGAUGUUGCAUGUGGUUCAUACACUUUACAGAAAACAACCUGAGAUUUACCAUGCCUUCUCUACCCAAACUACAGACUUGGAGUAUUAUCAGUUCAGACUUGCUGUUGAUGCUUACAAACGUGUGUCAUUAAUUCUACAGUCUGCCCUCAAUGUAUUAACUAGACAAAUCUGUACAUAUGUUAAUUAGGCCAACUUUUUUCAACAUUUGUAAUUAAGUUUUUCACUACUUAGAAAACCUUUGUUGUGUAUUUCUGUUCAUAGAAUCUAAUAGCAAGUUCUAGACACAAAGCAAAUAAAGAGAAUAUUUAUAGGAUGAAUUGGUUAACUUUUUCUGUAUUAAGUAAAGUUGUCAUUGAACAUUUCCCAGUAAGAGUUCUAUAAUGCAUGGGGAAUCCUUAUGUAGCAAGUAAUCAAACCCAUAGUUUGAUUUACAGUUACCAUUACAAGACGUUCUGCUUCAGCUAUGUACAACAAUGUAAAAAAUAUGUCUAAAUGCAUUGUGUUUCCAAGGCAAGUGGUUUGCAUUUAAAAUCCAAGUGCAGGCAAUGUAAUCUUUGGUAGGGAACGCUUCCAAUACUAAAAGAUAGAACUUCACAAGUGCUUGGGAUAAUGCUGCUUUCUGACCACACGUCUUACCCAAGCAGUGUUUUAACACAGUCUCAAAUACAGUCGGCUUAAGUAAUACUGUUGGAUCCUUUUUUGUGGUUCCUGAAUGUUGUUCAACUGUAUUUUGACAAUUCUUUCAUUAUAAAAUUGUAUUUUUGGUAAGUGUGCUUAAAAUAGCAGCAAAUUGCCCGCAUUACAUUUUCUGUGUCAAAAUUCUGAAUGUUACAUUCAUAUGUGCUUUAUCUGAUGAACAUUUUUUAAAAAUGUAUAAGUACUAUAUUUUGUAAUGCCUGGAAAACCAAAAUAUUGUUGGAUUUCAUUGCUUGCUUGCUUCUUAAUUUUAAGUAGAACCGUCUAAUAUGACUCAAUCAUGUUGGCAGAUUUACACAGUGUGCUUUGAUUUUUUAAAUUAUGUAAGACAUACAGCCUUAUGAUACCAGCCACUCUAAAAUUCCAAAGAAGGCAACUACCUUUCUUAACUUUGAAAGAAACUAUCAGAAGCUAUUGUAUUCAAAAAGAUGGGAUAGAAACUCCUUUGAAAACACAUUUGUGUAUGUAACAAUGCCUUUCUUGAAAAGAGACCUUUGUGUUCUGCUGUGGGGAAGGAUAGAAUCUGUGAGGUGGAGGACUAGAUGAAUUAUGGACUUCCUAUCUACUUCCUGUUUACAAGAGUAGUUUGUAUAGAAUCAUACAUCUUUGCACCAAUGUUUGGUUCUUAGGCUGGUCUCACCUGCUCAGUAAUCAUAUCAGAUAUGGACAGCUAGCUCUCAAAUUGCUUUCCAAAAGUAUCCUAAAGACCAAAGCCUAAAGAAAGCAGGCUGUACCAUUUGGGGCUGUAGUCUUAUCACAGAGACAUAAUUGGAAGUGUUAGACAAAGAGCAAAGAAUCUUCAUGACACUGUCAGUAUUACUUAGAAGAAAUCCAUGGACAGUAGUCCCAACCAGAGUAGACUGGAGCAAUUACUGAGUGGUACAAGGGCCCUUCCUAUCCGUGGGGGUUUGGUUCUAACCCCCACAUUGUGCAUAGGAAAAAAUGUGUGAGCUCAAGCCCACGUUAGUCAGUGGGUGGUGACAUGCCAGCAAGCCCAUUGUACAUGCCUCCAUUAGCUAAUAUGGGACAGGCCAAUCCAUGGGAGCACCGGUCUGCCUUUGGCUAGCCUGCUGAUACGAUGGGUUCACUAUAAUUCUACACUUUUCUAGAUCCCAUUGAACCAGUAGGUCUACUCUGGUUGAGACAAGCAUUUGGAUUCAGUCCAUUAGCUGCUCACUGGAUGCUCACUUUAAGAAGCUACCUGGGACUGAAGCCUGGUGGGUUUUCCCCAUAUGUUUGUUUUGUUAGAGCAGGUGUUCUGGCAUUCCUCGCCAUUAGACUGUGCUAUCUGAGGCUUGCUAGGAUUUGAAUCAAACAGUAUCUGUAGUACCAUGUGACUCACACUCCUUUGGCAUUGCCAGUGUUACUCAGAUGAAAACCAUCAACACCAGUUUUUCCUUCGAAUUCAGAUGGUAGUUCUUUUUUAGAAAGGAAUAACCUCAUUGAUGUUAAAUUAUCCAACGUAUAUGCCUAAAUUGUCUGACAGUGACUAGGAAUUGAAACAAAGGAAGCUUAACUAUCAGACAAUUCAGGUAUAUACUCUGGAUAUACCUGAAUUGUCUGACAAAUACUAGGAAUUGAAACAAAAUAAACUUAAGGUGUUGGUAAGAAAUGUAUACAUUGGUUCAUUUUGCACCUUUAAAAAAUAGUACUACUUGAAUACAUUAUUUAGAGCAGUUAUCUAGGUAAAACAUACUUUCCCUUGCAAGGUUGUUUGUUGCAAUAUCUUGAUUUGGUUGAAAUAAGAAUUUUGUUUUUACAUUUUAAAAAACAGGUUGUGGUGUAUCUUAGUUUCUGUUUAUUUGAUUCUAUUCCUGAAAAUGGCCUGGAGCUUAAAUUCAUUUUCAAGAUGUGAAGAAUGCAAUGUUUCUCUCUUAAUCUUAUGGAAAAGGAUCAGUCGUGCAGCAAGCUGAUACACAUGUUGAUAUAGAUCUAUUUUUUUAAUAAAAUGAUGGAAAACAAG